AUGUCGACCAGCACUGAUAAUACGAGCAAUAGCAAUGCUUACCGGAUUCCGCUCCUGAAAGAAGACAAUUGGCUCUCGUGGAAGCGCCACGUCGAGGCCAUCCUUAAUGAUAAGGGUCUCCAGGAGUAUGUGACUGGAAAGACACUGAAGUCGCAGCCGAGUAAUGACCCGGCCAAUAGGGCAGCGAGAGAGGCGGAGAUUAGUGUCUGGAGAGAGAAGGACCUCAAGGCCCAGAACGUAAUUGUGCUAUCGCUGGGAGAUUCCCAGAUGGUGCACAUCGCUGGAGCUGAGACGGCACGGGCCAUGUGGGAGCAGCUCCGCACAGUCAAGGAACAGCGUGGACAGCAUGGAAUUCUCGUGCUGUGCCGGCGUUUUUACCAGAUGCAAGCCAAGGAAGAAGACAAUAUCUCCAAUCAUAUCACACAGUUGCGACAGAUCCAGGAACAACUCCACCUAAUGGGGAAGGUUGUUUCUGAUGAGGAUUUCCGGCUCAUCCUGGCCACUUCAUUACCGGAGUGUCACGGGGGCCAGUCGUGCCACCGUACAUCCGGUUCAUCAUCGUCAGUGACUAAGCCUUCGCAAGGGCUCAAGUCAAUCAUGAGGGGUCCGACCUCCAGUCAUAGCGAUAACCAGAGGUCGGCCCAGUGGAGUAGUCUUAUGAAUGCUUGGCUGCUGUCUGCGGACCAAGGUCGAUCUAUUGCACAGAUGUAG